AUGGACCUCCUCCAGCAGAAGAGACACUAUAAACACCUGCUGGCACCUACUCAGAGGAGCAGACCAAGAGAAAAACUCUAUACAUACCAAAGUAACAUUUACGGUUGCGCUCUCUUAUGUUUUAGGAAGUGGUUUGCAGGAGGAGUAUGCACAUCAACAGCUCGGCUGGAUGGAAAGGUGGCCGUGGUCACAGGGGCUAACACUGGCAUAGGGAAGGAAACUGCCAAGGACCUCGCACGAAGAGGUGGUCGCGUCAUCCUUGCCUGCAGAGAUAUAGCAAAAGGGGAAACAGCAGCCCGUGAAAUUAUAGCCGAAACAGGGAAUCAGCAAGUUAUUGUGAAAAAACUGGACCUGUCUGAUAGCAAAUCUAUACGGGCAUUUGCAGAAGAUUUCCUAAAAGAGGAGAAGAAGCUCCAUAUCCUCAUUAACAAUGCAGGAGUGAUGAUGGCUCCCUAUUCCAAGACUGCUGAUGGUUUUGAAAUGCAUAUUGGAGUCAAUCACCUUGGGCAUUUUCUCUUAACAUUCCUGCUGCUGGACCGUUUGAAAGAGUCAGCCCCAGCUCGGAUAGUGAAUGUGUCUUCGCAUCUCCAUGCUUUUUGGCGGAUAAACUUCAAGAACCUGCAGGGAGAGAAAUACUACAAUGGGUUCCUGGCAUACUGUCAAAGCAAACUGGCUAAUGUUCUGUUUACCAGGGAGCUGGCUCGUAAAUUGCAAGGCACUGGAGUUACUGUCAAUGCUUUACAUCCUGGUGUGGUUGAUUCUGAAUUGGCGCGUUACUCAUAUACGUCAGGAAUUUUUAAAGCGCUGUUUCGCUUCACGUUUAAGACACCAAAAGAAGGAGCCCAGACUAGUAUUUACUGUGCAGUGGCAAAGGAACUGGAGUCAGUGAGUGGGCAAUAUUUCAGUGACUGUAGACCUGCCUGGGUUGCUUCUCAGGCUUGUAACAAAGAGACUGCAAAAAAGCUGUGGCAAGUCAGCUGUGAGCUGAUGGGCAUCCAGUGGGAGUGAACUGGGGUGGGUCUGUGGUUGACAUUCGUAGACAGAAUGUGAAGGCAACCAGAAAGAAAUAAACUAUCCUUAUCUUCUCAUGUGUAGAUGUCAGUGUCUAGCAGGCACUUUAUAAACAUAGAUUGUAUAUUAAUAAAAUAUGUUCUAAUCAACACUGAGUUCUACUCUUUGGUGUCCUGAAGACAGUGAUACUUAGCUGCAAACACAUAACUGCUUCCCUGGCGGGGGGGAAGUGAAUCUGCCCUAAUUGGUUUGUCAUAUAACUUUCACAUGUAAACCUGUUAGAUUGGUUGGAUUUUGAGAAAUUAUCUGUACAUAGAGGAGGGCAAAAGGAUUUUUUUUAUGUACUGAGUCAGAAUCUUCUUCCUUCACUUCACAUUGAAAACUCUUUUUAAAAAACCCACAAAACACUGUAUGCAUUAUCUGAAAAUGGAAGUCUGUAGUCACAUCCACACCAAACAUUUAAAGCACAUUUGUAGCAUUUUGACAGUCAUGGCUCCCCACAAAGUAUCCUGAAAACUGUAGUUUACCCCCCAAGCUACAAUCCCCAGCACCCUUAAAAUUACAGUUCUCAGGAUUCUUUGAGGAAAGCCAAGCUUAGGGUUGAACCAGUGAAGACGGUGAAGGUCCUGUGUGAGUGCCUGGAGGCGGUUGGAGGAUGGAUGGCGGCUAACAGUGAAGGGAAACAGUUAGGGUUACCCCAAACAGCCCUAAAAACUGUUUGUGAAUUCUCCCCCCCAGCCAGGCCUCGCCUCAAGCAUUUUAAAACUGCAUUUCCUCUAAGACAAAAAGCAUUAGCCAAGCAUAUUCCGCUUGCUGUAACUAAAAAAGAUUGCAACAAAGGUAGAGAACAGUCCAUUGUUUCCCAGGCCUUUCUCAGGCUUUUGGCCUUGCUAUAAACCACAUUGCAACUUGCUUUCUAUCCGGGAACCAUGCCAAAGCACAAGAAUGAAAUAACUGGCACACUCUGAAAUCCCCUCACCCCCUUUCCUGGGAAAAGUCCAAAAAUGGUCCCAAGACAGAAAAUUUCUGUUCAUGCUCAGGGGAACUCAUGGGCAGGACUCUUGAAGAAGGAGGAGAAAGGGGGAGGGAACUGGAAAGGGAUAUAUACUCUGUGCAAUGGCUUCGUGCUUGUUUUGUGACUUAUCACACUUGCUCCUCUGCCCACCCGGGUUGGCAGAAUAAAAAGCUCUUUCUCUGGAUUUAA